AUGGCGGCAAUUCCUGAAGAAUCGGAAGACGAAGUUGAAGAUUUAUUAGACCUUUUACAGACGCAUCUGGGCGUAUCUGAUUACGAAGGAAAACUACAGACUCCAAUUACAUCACCAAUUAAAGGAAAACAUGAACUUACACCAGGGAGUAGAGAAUCAAUUCUUCCAACGCCGAAACGACACGCAACAGGUUAAUAUAAAAUAUGACAUAAAUAUUUAUGAAGUUUUAUGUUCGUUUAAUCGUUUUGACCCUCCCCUCACAUAAAAUUAAAGUACUAGGUUACACACAGGGUAGUAAUGCUGCCUUUGACAGCAAAAGACAAAGUGGUGUUGCACAAAUUAAAUCCAAAGCACAGGGUGUUGGAUUAAACGAGUCCUUCAGAAAUAUCCUGUUGUUGUUAUUCUUGUUAACCCAUUUAUUGGCAGUACCCUACCACUGAAAAGUAAAAUAGUCUGGCGUUGGACAGGGUAAAUACUAAAGUAGGGGCACUACUGCAGUUUUAUAUGGGUAGGUAGGUCGGAAAAACAUUUUAUUCUAAAAAAUAUUUUAUCUCAAGUAUGUAAAUAUAAGUUAAAACUCAUUAUAAACUCUUAGUUUUUAUUGUUUUUACAUCAGGCAGGCUGUGUUUUCACCUGCAUACAAUAUUACAUAUAAAACUUGACAUACAAGGAAAGGAGCAACAACUAAAUAUUUAGUGCCAACGAUGUUCAGUCUAAACGUUUAAAUAAAAUGUUUAUGGUUGGUUAUGUCACUAUAUAAACAGGUCGGUCGGAAACCUGAAACCAACUAUUAUUUUUAUUUGGCCUAGUUAACCCAUCAGCACAUGCAGUAAUGCGCCCUACUUUAGUAUUUACCCUGUCCAAUGCCAGACUAUUUUACUUGUCAGUGCCUCAGUGGUAGGGUAACUUAAUUCAUUUACUGGCAGUACUUACCCUAUACCACUGACGAGUAAAAUCUGAUCGAGUAAAAUCCAUAUUCAUGUUGCCACAAAUAACGUCAAAUCGACCUUAUUACUUCAACCCACCCAUCCCAGAUAAUGUCGAUUGAUAUUCAGUCGUAUUUUGACUUUUGUAUUUACAAUUACAAAAGUUGUACAUGCAGUGAUAUAGUUACUUUGGACAUUAAUUGUCAAAUAAUUUGCCACUUAGAUAAACGUUGACAAGUUCACUAAAUCUUAUGAAAACCCACCCACCAGUGGACCCACUCAUAACAUCGAUUUGACAUUAUUUGUGGCAACAUGAAUAUGGACGUGGCCCCUAAUACAUGGCUGUCGUGGACUUCUGCUUUUGGGGAUUUUUACCCCUCUGAAAUUUUAACCCCUCUGGAAACGGCAGUUUUCUCCCAUUUUCCCCCAUUUACCAGAUGGAAAAAACGACUAAUUACCCGACGGGGGUUUGGGUAUUAAAUGUCAUAGCUCUUCCCAUUCUCUAUGGCAGUCUGAACAUUUUUGUUUUUUCUAUUUCUGUAAACAGACGAAAAACAACACAUCUACAGUAUUUCCGAUAUUUCCCCCCUUUUUUAUUACAGGACUCUCUCAUUUAAAAUUUGCCAUUUCAACCAAGGCCAAUUGCUUACACGAUGAGCUUGAGAAAUUACGUGAUAAUCCAUAUGAGCUCGAAAAAAUUGAAGAAUUAAUCAAGCAAAGCAAAGAGUUGAAAGACCUUCACCACGCUGUUUUGACAACCUAUGACACAGUUAUAAAUGAAAUGGAAAAGUCUAAUAAUUCAUCAGAAGUAUUUAACAUCCAACAGGCUCAUAAACUAAAACAAGAGGUUGCCUACUUAAGUAAACUAACCAAUACAGGGAUAAGAACUCAAGGUAAUAGCACUAUUCACGCUGACAUAUUUGACAAAAUGGUAAAAACAAUAAAGGAUGAAUGUCCACUGCUUUACAGUGUACUGGAGAACCUGGUUCUUGUGUCAACAACAGAAAGGAAUACACUCAAAACCAAUAACCAAAAGAUGAAAAUGCCAGUCAAUCUCGUAAUGACAGGUUUGCUGAAUAUCAGAAACAGUCGGCUACCAAAUGACUUUGCCUUUCUGUUUGGUGUGCUUCUGGUAUCUUAUGGAGCUGGUCCUGCAUAUUUAAAUAUGCUGCAGUCAAUGGGGAUAACUGUUCAUUGGAAGACAAUGUAA